AUGUCGUCCAGCAAGUCGCACUUUGUGGACGAUGACAAUGUUGUGCAAGACGCGGAGCCGCUGACCGAAAAGCAACGAAAACGGAGAGCUAAUCUCUACGAUGCUAUCGCCGGCCGUGUCAACUCGCACGGAUUUAUAUCCGCAAAAUCCUACGCCUCCAAGUACCGCGAUACAGCAUCGUCCAGUAGCCGCCCUAUCCCGCCUGAAGAGGUGCUGUUCCGUCGAAAGGGCAUGCCCGUUCGCUAUGAGGAAACCGAUACAUACUUUGCGCACGAGUCGCUGUCAUCUGAUCGACCGCUCCCCAGCUCUGAGUUGUUAGAGGCCAUACACUCCUAUACCGCGGACUUUUACGACCAAGCAGUUAGGCCAAACGGCCGCGCCAACCACUACAGCAUGAAUGGGAGGUCUUUGAUGUUCAUGGGCAUACUUUUGGAAGAGCUGGCAAGAGAGUCGCUUGGAGAGACGGGCGAUCUGGCAUUAGUUGAGGGAGACACAAUGCCCACAGACGACGAGGCCACUUCGAGACCCAGAAAGAAGGGGCGUAAACGAGCCACCAGCCUCAGCAGCAUGUAUGCGAGCUCAGGCGAGGACUUGGAUACUGUGGUCAAACGGAAGAAGCGGAACAAAAGGCCCAGGUUGACCCGCCGGACAUCUACUACGGACAUCGACACGGAGGCCGAAGACAGACGGUAA